AUGUCAGAGUUGAGCUCAGAGGACUUCAAUCCGAAUGCAAGUUCUGUGACGAUGCAGAAAGACAAGGGUUGUGAGAGCAGUGACCUGAGCUCAGAGGAAGACUUCAUGCUCCUUGCAGGUCCUCUGACAAAGCAGACAGGCGAGAGCUCAACUUCCAAGGUGAACGACGCCUUCGACUGCAGCGAACCCAUUCCUCAGGGGUCUAAGCAGUACUUCCGGUACCUGCAGAGCAGAGGGGUGACACAUUUCAAAGUGCCACUGUCAUGGGUUCAGCUGCUCCCCAAAGGUCACCCCAGCCAGCCCCAGCAGGCUGUGGUGAGAUGCUAUCGAACCCUGAUGGAGCAGCUGCACGAGGUGGGACUCGAGCCUCUGGUCAUCAUCCACGGUUCGCGGAUUCCAGACUCUCUGAGGUCGAGCUUCGGAGGCUGGGAGAGCCCGGAUCUGUUAGACAUGUUUCAGAAGUAUGCAGAAUUUGCCUUCCUGGAGUUUGCAGAACUUGCACGCUCAUGGGUGAUGUUCAGCAGCUUGGAAGGCGACUGGGAGGCAUCAGGCGCUUCCAGUGUGCAGGAAAACAUCCUCAAGCUGAGCCGGAAUAUUUACCAGUUCUACCAUGAAAACUUCCCUGAAGAAGCAAACUUUGCGGAGGAGCUAAAAAGAUUACAGGAAAUUGGAAGUUUGCCCGUCCUGAUAUACAAGAUAACAGUUCGUGAUUGUGCUCACAGUCAAUACCAGCUUCUUGGAGAGUUCCUGCAAGCCUUGAAAACCAGUGAACUGAAUAUUAUGGGAAGUGAUGUGAUGGACAUGUUAGGUGAAAUGAACAUUGAGGAUAUGCCAAUCAAUCUUCCAGACCUCAGAAACAGUUACCAAACUGUAUGGGACAAUUUUAGAGAUCAAACCGAAGCUGAUCGAGAUGCUUUCCUGACUGACUCAUUCCCUGCUGGCUUCCAAUGGGCCACAUCCAGUGAGUCCUUCAAGGUUGAAGGAGGAUGGUCAGAGGGAGGAAAGGGUGAGACCAUUUGGGACCGCUUCGGGCAUCAAGGUCAAGCUUUUGAUAAACAGACAGCUGACCUGGCAUGUGACAGUUACCACAAGGUGGAUUAUGACGUCUACCUCCUGCGAGGUCUCCAAGUCAACACCUUCCAGUUUUCUAUCUCCUGGGCCCGCAUUUUCCCUUCAGGCCACAAAGACAGCCUAUCAGAGGAUGGGGUUCUCUACUAUAACAGCCUCAUCGACGCUCUCAUUGAAUCAGACAUCAAACCUAUUGUCACUCUCUACCACUGGGAUCUGCCCCAGGUUCUCCAGGACAGAGGUGGGUGGACUGACGCUUCCAUUGUCGAGGCCUUCCAAGAGUAUGCAGAUUUUUGUUUUUCCAAAUUUGGGGACCGGGUCAAGACCUGGAACACAUUCAGUAGUCCCUGGGUGGUGAGCCACGCUGGAUAUGGCACCGGUGAACAUGCUCCUGGUGUCAAGGACUACGUGACUACAGCCUAUCAGGUCACUCACAAUAUUCUGAAGUCCCAUGCUGAAGCCUGGCAUGUCUACAAUGACAAGUACAGAAUGACUCAAGGAGGUCAAGUGGGCAUCGCAUUAAACUCUGACUGGGCAGAACCAGCAGAUCCCUCCAAAGCUGAAGAUAUUGCUGCUGCAGAGCGCUACCUUGAGUUUAUGCUGGGCUGGUUUGCACAUCCCAUAUUUGGAGCCGGAGACUAUCCUUCAAUUCUGAAAACUCAAAUUGAAGAGAAAAGAGCAGCAUGUCCAUCCUCUGUGCCUGCAAUACUACCAACAUUCACUUCUGAAGAGAUGAAGAGAAUCGCCGGCACGGCUGACUUUUUUGGACUGAACCAUUACACCUCCCGGGUAAUCACACACAAUAAUGGUGGCUGCGUCGCAGGUCCUGAGGGGGUGGGCAACUUCAACUCAAGUGUGGACCCCUCUUGGAGCUCCACAGCUUCUGACUGGAUCUCCUCUGUGCCUUGGGGACUGAGACGGCUUCUAAACUACAUUUCAACAGUGUACUUACAAACUACCAAAGUACCAAUCUACAUAACUGGGAAUGGGAUGCCAACAGAGAACACUGGGGACGUCAUCAAUGAUCAAAGCAGAAUACAGUACUUGAGGAGCUACAUCAAUGAGGCUUUGAAAGCCAUAUCCUUGGAUGGAGUAAAUGUGCAGCGAUUCACAGUGCAGUCACUCAUGGAUGGAUUUGAAGGAAAUCAAGGCUACAGCCAAAGAUUUGGUCUUCACUAUGUUGACUUCAAAGAUGCCAACAGACCACGAACACCAAAGCAAUCUGCAUACAUCUAUGCAGAAAUUAUCAAUCAAAAUGGUUUUGGUUCACCCAAAAGUGGAGUUAUGACAAGAGGUGAAAUGUAUCCCCAUCCCUAUUCAGGCUCUUUAUCACCCUCAGAUGUACCUUCUCAAUCAAAAGUAGUCUGGGAAAAGUUUUCACACCAGUCAACUUUCGAGAGAAAACUGUACCACUAUGGUACAUUUCCCGAUGACUUCGGCUGGGGAGUUUCUUCUUCAGCUUACCAGAUUGAAGGUAGCUGGAAUGCUGAUGGGAAAGGGCCCAGUGUCUGGGAUACCUUUACUAAUGCAUCUGAUAGUGGUAUCCCUGAGGACGCCACUGGACAAGUUGCCUGUGAUAGUUACAACAGAUUCAAUGAAGAUCUUUACAUGCUGCGAGGUCUGAGGGUAAACUCAUACAGAUUUUCUAUUUCCUGGUCCAGGAUCUUUCCUGAUGGGAGGCGUUCCUCCCUGAACCAGAAAGGGGUUGACUACUACAACAAUCUCAUUAACAGCCUUGUAGCAGCAAAUAUCUCCCCGAUAGUAACACUUUAUCAUUAUGACCUCCCUACUGCUUUGCAAACUGAGCUGAAUGGCUGGGAAAAUCCUGAAACGAUUGAUGUUUUUAAUGACUAUGCUGACUUCUGUUUUGCCACUUUUGGUGACAGAGUGAAAUUUUGGAUAACUUUCCAGCAGCCUUAUACAAUUGCCUGGUCAGGAUAUGGGCUUGGAGAGAUUCCUCCAAAUGUUAAGAAUCCAGGAACAGCACCAUACCAAGUUGCACACAACCUGAUUAAAGCUCACGCCACAGCUUACCAUACAUAUGAUAAGUAUCGUGCUUCCCAAGGUGGGAAAGUCUCCAUUGCUCUAAAUGCUGAUUGGGUCGAGCCAAUUGAUGCUAAUAAUCCUCGUGAAAUUUAUGCAGCUGAUCGUGCAAUGCAAUUUCAAUUGGGUUGGUUUGCCCACCCCAUUUUCAAGAAUGGUGACUAUCCUGAUGCACUGAAGUGGCAAGUUGGAAACAAAAGUGAACUCCAAGAACUUUCAGAGUCAAGGCUACCUUCCUUUACUGACGCAGAUAAGAGCUUCAUCAGGGGAACUGCUGACAUGUUUUGUGCAAAUCAUUACACUACACAAAUUUCAAGCCAUGUAAUAAAUCAGAUUACCCCCCCAUCCUUUGAGAAUGACUGGGACUUUGCACUGAAAGAAGAAAGUGAUGCACCAACCACGGACAUCAGUGAGCAGAGAGCUGUGGCUUGGGGUUUGAGGAGGCUCCUCAACUGGAUCAAGGAGGAAUAUGGAGAUCCAGAGGUUUACAUUACAGAAAAUGGAGUGGCCACAGACUCAACAAAAACAUGGGAUGAUAUUGAAAGAGUAUUUUACUACAAGACCUACAUUGAUGAAGCCCUCAAAGCCUAUGAACUUGAUGGAGUCAAAGUGAAGGGAUACCUCGCAACUUCCCUUAUGGAUUCAUUUGAGUGGUUAAAUGGAUACAAAGUGGGGUUUGGGCUGCACCAUGUGGACUUUACCCACACUAAUAGACCAAGAACACCCAAAUACUCCGCUCAUUUCUACUAUCAAGUCAUAAAAAAUAAUGGCUUCCCCACACCAGAUGAUGAGAAGAUGAUUUAUGGGUAUUUCAGAGAAGGAUUCAUUUGGAGCACUGCUACUGCAUCAUAUCAGAUUGAAGGGGGAUGGAGAGCAGAUGGAAAAGGUCUCAGCAUCUGGGACAAGUUUGCACACACUCCUCUCCGGGUUUUUGAUGAUGAUGUUGGGGACAUUGCCUGCGACAGUUACAACAAAGUUGAGGAGGAUGUUGCUAUGUUGAAACAGCUGAAGGUGACCCAUUAUCGUUUCUCCAUUUCCUGGUCAAGGGUGCUUCCUGAUGGCACCACAGGACACAUUAAUGAGGCUGGACUCAACUAUUACCACAGACUGGUAGAUGCCUUGCUUGCUGCAAAUAUCCAGCCUCAUAUCACUUUGUACCACUGGGACCUACCACAAGCUCUCCAGAAAGUUGGAGGCUGGGAAAAUGACACAAUUAUUUCAAGAUUCAAGGAUUAUGCUGAUGUUAUUUUCAGCGCUCUGGGUGAUAAAGUGAAGCUUUGGAUCACCAUCAAUGAACCAUACAAUAUAGCUGCUGUAGGUCAUGGCUAUGGUGUAGCUGCUCCAGGUAUCAGUUUCCGCCCUGGCACACUGCCUUACAUUGUUGGUCAUAACCUACUUAAAGCCCACGCAGAGGCCUGGCACCUCUACAAUGAAAAGUAUCGACCCAGACAGAAUGGACGCAUUUCCAUCACUAUUAACUCUGACUGGUCCGAACCGAGAAAUCCCCAUAAACAAGAGGACGUUGAUGCUGCAAGACGUGUGGUGGAGUUCUACAUUGGAUGGUUUGCCCAUCCCAUCUAUAAUGGUGACUAUAGCGACAUGAUGAAAACAAUCAUACGGGAGAGAAGUCUUGCUGCUGGCCUGUCAAAAUCCAGGUUACCUGAGUUUACUUCAGAGGAGAUCAAAAGGAUUAAAGGAACCUAUGAUUAUUUUGCGUUCAACCACUACACCACUGUCCUGGCAUUUCCAGUGGAAUAUGGUAAUCUUCAACACUAUGAUGCCGACAGGAGUGCAGGAACAAUUGCUGAUCGUACCUGGCUGGAUUCGGGUUCAUCCUGGCUCAAGGUCUCCCCGUUUGGUUUCCGAAAGAUAUUAAACUUCAUUAAAGAGGAAUAUGGAGAUCCGCCAAUCAUCAUUACAGAAAAUGGCAUUUCAGAACGAGGCACGAUUGACCUGAAUGAUCAUCACAGGAGCUACUACCAUGAACAAUACAUAAACCAGGCUUUGAAAGCUUACCUGUUAGAUGGUGUGAACAUCCAAGGUUACACAGCAUGGUCACUCAUGGACAAUCUGGAAUGGGCCACUGGUUUUUCAGAGAGAUUUGGCCUCUUCUAUGUCAAUCGUUCGGACCCAAAACUUCCUCGAAUAGCCAAGUCCUCAGUCUCUUCAUACUCAACAAUAAUCAGCUGUAACGGAUUCCCUGAUCCUGCUUUAGGACCCAAUGACUGCCUGUCAGACGGUAAAACCGACACACUCAGUUCACCAAACACUGACGACAGUGUGAAUUUCCUUGGAAUGACGCUGACGAUCGCCGAUGCUGAAACUGGACUGUACACCACAUUUGCUCUUCUGAUUGUUGUGGUAUUGGGUGCCACGGUCGGCUGUGGGAUAACCUGCGGAGCAGAGGAAACCAAGCCCACACCAGCCAGUAGAGGGCCACCAGCAGCAGUGUGUGCCCCUCUGAAGCACCCUGAUGGGCGUCGGCCAAAGCAGAGGGGUCAGCGGGAACGCCUACAGAAGGACCUGUGGCCAGGAGUGCAAGAGAGCAUCCUAGCCCAGAGGCCAGCGGCUCUCAGGGGGUCGAGCGGACAGUGGGCCGCUUCCUUAAGCAACCCCCAGCGCACAUCUCCCCUAUGGAGGCACCACCCCACCUGGUCGAGGAUUCCACCGGGAGAGGGAGUCCGUCAGCGCGUUGAGGCCUCUGCAGGUACACAACCUGCAGGCCGGCCGGACAGGUCGCCAUCCAUCCGCAACGCCACUGGGAGGCCUGCAAUCACCCCAGACGGGCCUGUCCGUGAAGCCCGGCUGAAGCUAUGUCCAGGAGGGGGAUGGACCCCCAGGCAGGGACCACAGCCACCGCCCUGA